AUGCCAAUUUCAUUUAUAAUACCAGCAUCACCCCUUGAAUAUGAUCCAGAAUAUGACUCUGACAAGAGGCAUGAUUUAGACAAUUAUAUGUGGUAUGGAAAUAGUGCUAGUGAUGAUUGUAGUAAUCAAGAGAGAUAUAAUAAUGGUGAAAUUAAAUAG